AUGAUCUAUCCGGUUUAUCUCUUCGUGCCCCUCAUAGCAACCCUCCUCAGAGGCACAGCACUUGCAAUCUCAGCGCCGACCAAAACUGCUCCGUCUACCAAUUCAUCCCUCAACUGGACGUCUUGCCCGUCUCCGUUCCCACAAAAUUUCCAAUGUGCAGAACUGUCAGCGCCCUUGCACUACAGCCAGGCCAACGAGCAGAACGUCACCCUCAACGUCGUCAAAAUCCCCGCAAAAAACUCGUCCGCUCGUCUUGGAACCCUGGUCUUCCAGGAAGGCGGCCCAGGCUACCCCACCGCCGCACACCUCAUCAGCUACGACAAUCAGGUCGGAUGGCAAAGGAUCCAAGAGCGGUUCGACGUCGUGGCCUUGGACCCCCGCGGCGUCGGCGUGAACUACCCGAUGAAGUGCGACCCGCAGCGCUGGAAUCAAUUUGCCUCGGCCCUGAGCUAUCCCAAGACCGAGCGACAAUGGGAACAGACCCUGGAGUUUUUUGAGGAUUUUGGCAGUGAUUGUAAAAAUCGGACCGGGGCAGAGAUAUGGUCGACAUUCGACACAUUGACGUCGGCGAGGGACCUCGAGACUCUCCGCUCGGCAUUGGGCGAGGGCGGGAUCAAUUACUAUGGUCUGUCGUGGGGCUCCCAACGUGGCCAGCAAUACGCACAGCUCUACCCCAAUAAGAUCAGAACAUUGGCGCUCGACAGCGUGCUGGAUCACACGAGCCAGCCUGAGAACCUCAUUGUUGACAGCGCCAUUAGCUUCGGACUCGCGGCGGAUUUCUUUUAUGAUUGGGCCGGCACGAACAAGUCAUCGGUGCUGUACGGCCAGGACGUGAAGACGCUUUUCCUCAACCUGGCGAAGCAGUUGGACCAGACCCCCGCCACCCUGACUGAAUGUGUCCAGAGUGGGAAUUGCUACCCAAACGUCACUCGCCAGGAACUAUUGAGCUUUUUCAGCGGUCAGCUCGACUUCACCCGCAGCUUCCCCAGCUUAGCUCAGGCCAUCACCGAAAUGGCCCAAGGGAACUAUUCCGUCCUAGCGGCCCCUAUUGUCACUGAAGAAACGUCCUCAGCCUGGUCUUUCAUGAUCGGAUGCAACGACUGGUCCACCAACGAGACCUACGUCGACUUUGCCAACCGGCUCAUCGCCGAGCGAGAAUUGACCGGCGCUCCGGAAGGGGGAGACUAUGUCGGCGCCACAGCCUGGGAUCUUUGGAUGCUUUACUGUCCACGAUGGCCCACCGCCGUGUCGAAUCCGCCGAAACCUUUGGACAUUGCCAAUACCUCGGCGCCGGUGCUGCUGGUCAAUGCACUGUGGGACCCCGAGACCCCAUACUCCGGCGCGGUGAAUGUCCAGCGGCAGAUCGGUGGGAGUGUGCUGUUGACCAGGCACGGUGAGGGCCAUGGGAGUUUUCUCGUCGACGGGGGCGGAGAGGCCAUGGACAUCAUCAUGGACUAUUUGUUGACGGGCGCUCUGCCCGCACCUGGAACGGUAGUCUAUUCUUGA